UGUCACUCACGUAAGGACAGAGAAACCACAGGACUCACGGGAGCCACAGCCCUGAUUUUGAGAGCCAGACUUGUCUUGGCUUGACAGCUGCUCAGCUGGUUCAUUCCAUCAGCCUGGAUCUGGUGAACCUGAAUCUCCAGGGUUGCUGGCAUGGGGAACCUGCUCAAAGUUCUUACCAGGGAAAUUGAAAACUACCCACAUUUUUUCCUGGAUUUUGAAAAUGCCCAGCCCACAGAAGGAGAGAGGGAAAUAUGGAACCAGAUCAGUGCUGUCCUCCAGGAUUCCGAGAGCAUCCUCGCAGACCUGCAGGCUUACAAGGGCGCGGGCCCAGAGAUCCGAGACGCAAUUCAAAAUCCCAAUGACAUUCAGCUUCAAGAAAAAGCUUGGAAUGCAGUGUGUCCUCUAGUAGUGAGGCUAAAGAGAUUUUAUGAAUUUUCCAUAAGGCUAGAGAAAGCUCUUCAGAGUUUAUUAGAAUCUCUGACUUCUCCACCCUACACGCCCACCCAACACCUGGAGCGGGAGCAAGCCCUGGCGAAGGAGUUCGCGGAAAUUCUACAUUUUACUCUUCGAUUUGAUGAGCUGAAGAUGAGGAACCCAGCGAUUCAGAAUGACUUCAGCUAUUACAGAAGGACGAUAAGUCGCAAUCGCAUCAACAACAUGCAUCUAGACAUUGAGAACGAAGUCAAUAAUGAGAUGGCCAAUCGAAUGUCCCUCUUCUAUGCAGAAGCCACACCAAUGCUGAAAACCCUUAGCAAUGCCACAAUGCACUUUGUCUCUGAAAACAAAACCCUGCCAAUAGAGAACACCACAGACUGCCUCAGUACGAUGACGAGUGUUUGUAAAGUCAUGCUGGAAACGCCGGAGUAUAGGAGCAGGUUCACGAGCGAAGAAGCGCUGCUGUUCUGCAUGAGGGUGAUGGUGGGUGUCAUCAUCCUCUAUGACCACGUCCACCCUGUGGGGGCUUUCUGCAAGACAUCCAAGAUCGAUAUGAAAGGCUGCAUAAAGGUUUUGAAGGAACAGGCCCCGGACAGUGUGGAGGGGCUGCUGAACGCCCUCAGGUUCACUACAAAGCACUUGAAUGAUGAAUCGACUUCCAAACAAAUUCGAGCAAUGCUUCAGUAAAACUCUGCUUAAAGAAGAGGAUCUAUGUACUGACCUCAGAAGAUGUAUAUGUUUACAUAAUUUAAUACAGAUUGAUGUUAAUACUUGUGUAUUUACAUAACCGUUUCCUUCUUGUCAUUGAAAUAUAUGGACCUUACUUUGUAUCUUGACUGACUCAACCCAGCAGAGCAUCAAUUGACUUGAGAGCCUUACCUUUGAUGUCUAAAACAAAAUCCCCUUCUCCAAAGGCAAAAUUUUGAGACCGAAUUUUGCUACUGGAGUCCUUUAACUACACCUGUAACAAUCAGAAAAUGCUAAUAGUUUGUGGUCAUGUUUCACUUCUAGGUGUGUAGUCUCUCUGGGAAGUAUGGUUAUAGAAACACAAACUGUUUGAUUUGACGUGUCGGCUCAGCUACAAGAAACAUAACUGUUAUUCUGACAGAGGGAGAGAGGAAUCCAAGAAAAGAAAGAUGCAUGUGGAGACUCCAACCCAAGUAUUUUGAAUUCAGCACGCCCCCUCUCUUUCCUCAGACUGCAAACAUGUGCAAUCUUUCUGUUUGCACGUAUUUUAUUCAUCAGCAUAUUCUCUUUCGUUAUGAAUUUAUAGCCCUCAAAAGUUUCUUUUCAGAUUUUCAAGAGAAAAACCACCUGUGUUUGAAUCAGUUAGUGAGAGAGAAGCAAGAAUAGAUAGGUGUGCUGUCACAGGUGGGCUAAUGAAGUUGUCUUGGAAGUAGGGGACAUGU